ACUUACUUCUCAUAAUGAUUGAAAUUUCAGAUGUGAAUAUGUCAGUCAGAGUGUAGAUGGAAGAAAAUUUGUCCAUUAAUAUGGUUGGGAAGAAUUUGGGCCCCGUUUUUUCUCUUGCGAUCUCGUGUCUCUUUACAUCAACAGUUCUUGGCAAUCAGUGGGACGAAUUGGCACGUUAUGAAUCAGAACGUUCGGCACGUGAUAUCGAGGGCUCAGCGUAUGACUAUGACGACGAUGAGGAUCAGGACUAUGGGAGUAACUCGGAGAUUUUGCCGAGUAGAGUUGUUCCAGAACCUUCUAGUCCUACCUUCUCUCUCCCUUCCUCCCGUAGUUCAGUGGGUAGAGGAGGGAUAAGUAACACGGCUGUAUUUGCUCCCAGCUCUAACACGAACCCGGAGAGAAUACCGUCCCGACCUGAUCAACUCUCAUCCUACUAUCCAGGAUUGCGUAGUGAGGGGAGUGGUGUUGAGUUUCCUAUAAAUACCCUGGCCGGAGAUAUUGAUGAAGCAGAUCUUAUUUCACCCACUAGAAGUGAAUAUCCUGGUCCUAGCUCGAGCAUUAUCCCAACAGGGCCGGCAUUCCCUCCUAAAAAUCACCAACCCUUCAUCACCAACAGGUUGAAUAAACUAUCUCUUAUUGCUGGCAAAUCUUCAAGAAUAAUAAUUCCAGCAAAUACAUUCCAGGAUCUAGAGGAUGGGGAUACCAGGGAUCUGAGUUUAAGAAUUGUUGAAUUCAACUCCCAAGAAGAAUUGGAUACUUUAGACUGGAUACAAUACCAUCCUACUAGACAGGAGCUGGUCGCUCUGCCCCUAGAGUCAGAAAUUGGAACUUGGAAAUUUAGAGUUAUUGCAACAGAUAAAGGUGGGGAAUCUGUUGUCGAUGUUCUGGAGAUAAUAGUUCGUCAGCAUUCUAGUUCCCGUGUUUUCCAUCAUGUUUUCAAGCUCUACCUUACUUUAGUAAGUUCCUGGAAGUACCCUCACCCGAUAGACUGGAAAAUUGAGGUUUUGGAGAGAAUUCAUGAAUACUUCGGAGAUAGAGAUCCGAGUAAACUUACAGUUCUUGGUAUCCAGCAAUCUCAGGAUAAUAUUGAGUUCUUCUGGACAAAUGAAACUCUUCCUCUUCAGACUUGUCCAAGAGAUGAGAUACGAGGAAUAUUUAAUCAGAUCAACUCAGGAGGAAGUGUAGCUCCUGGUUUCAAAACUGCUUUUAAGGAGGAUUUUCUGGUCUCUAAGGUAGAUUUGGUGUACAACGGACUCUGUAAGGAGUCUGGCAGAGACAGAACCGAUGAUUCAGCCCGUGUACCUCCAACUGGGUUUGACAACUCAAUGCCCCAGAUACGGAACCCUGUGGAUAAACUAAAUGUAAUGGCCGGAGAACUUCUUCAAUUCCAGGUUCCUGAAGAUAUGUGUUUUGACUCUGAGAACGGUAUGACAAGGUAUCUGGAGCUCAGCCUCCUCACUAAGCAAAGGCUGGAGGUUACUACAGGGAACUGGCUCCAGUUUGAUAAGAAGAAUCAGGAGUUCUAUGGUGUUCCCCUUGAGGGGGAUGUCGGACGCGAAGCGUAUCAACUUGUGUGUGCUGAUACACAGGGUCUCAUGGCUAUAGAUGGUAUAGAGGUCCAUGUUGUUGGGAGACCGUUUGAUGAACAGUUCAAUCUUGAAUUCAUUUUCGUAUUUAAUGAUACGCUUGACGAUGGGACUCGUCUUCUUAAUAACAGGGUACGAUUGAUCAAGACGAUUGCCAAAAUCUUUAAUGAUCCGGACACACGUCACGUAGUUCUCAAGAAUGUGGACCCUAUUUCUUUUGAGGUGACUUGGUAUAAUAAAAGUAUAGAAGACCAAAACUGUCCCAAGAAAUGGCUUCAGAAAACUAAAACAUUUUUAAUGGACAAGGAUGGGAAUCCCCGGCAGCAUGUGAUGCUAAACUUUGCUCCAGAAUUUCAUCUUUCUGAUGUCAAGAUGGUGGAACUAGGAGCUUGUGUUAAAAUAGCUAAACCAGAUCCUACGGAUGAUGCCGACCUGGCUUUCUUCCCCCCUGACCAGGAAUAUAUUCUAACCUUCCUGGUCCCUGCUCUUAUCAUAGUUGCCAUGCUUCUCCUAGCUGUUCUCAUAGCCUGCCUCCUUCAUAGGUAGAAUUAUUACAAUAAUAAUAAUAAUAUUUUUCCUUCU